UCUCACAUCACACCCACUCUCCUUCUUCUACAAUAUAAUAGCCCUCACUUUCCCUUAUCUUCAAGCCCCCCAGCCUCACAAUCUAUUCCACAUUCAUCCAUGAAGGGAAUCUCGAGAAGAAACGACGGCUUCCACCGCUACUUGAAGCCUGGUGCUCUCGCCCAGAUCCGCAACACUAGACUCAACCAUAGAUCCACCUUCCCCUUAACACUUUCCCUCCCGAGCCGUGUUGCAGACGCGGCGACGCCAACGACGAUGGAUCAGAUGCCUGAUCUCUUGAGAAAGACAUACGGUCCCUCUCGCAUCGGUCGGAAGAAACUGAGUCCUGCUAGAUCUGUCCUGCGAACGAUGGUGGAUUUAAACCCUUCUCAGAACUCCACGCUUGAAUCCGCUAGUAGUGGUGGUAAUAACAACCUAUUAAGUAUCAUCGAUGCUUUAGUUGCUCACUGAAUGUAACCCUACUUUGACACUAGAUAUAGUCUCUGUAUCGAUUAAUUAAUUACUUUAUGAGUUACUACACUUGUGGAAAGAUCUUCAAUUCUCAUCAAGACAUUUGUUAUUUGCAUGUGUUGAUUUCAUUAUAACGCCCGAUUUGGUUCUAGAUCAUUAAUUGGAGCUUUCAGUUUA